AUGACUAAGCUAGUCUCUUUCUGUGCAGAUUUGAAUCUGUACGUGAUGGCCUUAAAGGUGGAAGCUAAAGGUGGAAAGGGGGGGAAUCAAUGGGAUGAUGGAUCCGAUUAUGAGGGUCUAACAAAGAUACAUGUAAGAGGUGGUCUUCAAGGCAUUCAGUUCAUCAAGUUUGAGUAUGUCAAAGCUGGAAACGCAAUUGUUGGAUCAAUCCAUGGUGUCUAUGGUCGUGGUUUCACACAAACGUUUGAGAUUGACCAUCUCAACAAGGAACAUAUCGUCUCUGUUAAUGGUUGUUAUGACAACACAUCCGGUGUGAUUCAAUCACUUCAAUUCGAAACCAACAUGAGGAGUUCUGAAGUCAUGGGAUACGAUGAGAAUGGCACAAAGUUUACACUUGCAGCUGGCGGAAACAAAAUCAUUGGGUUUCAUGGAUCUGCUGAGACAAACCUAAUAUCUCUUGGAGCUUAUUUCACAACACUUCCUCCAAUUAAAAUGGAACAACAAGGUGGUUGUGGUGGCCACCCAUGGGACCAUGGUAUUUACACCGGCGUAAGAAAGGUGUAUGUUACAUAUAGUCCUAGUGGGAUAUCACAUAUCAUGGUGGACUACGACAAAGUGGGAAAACAUGAAACGCGCGAAAGUGGGGAUAGGCUUGGAGAAAACAGGAUCCAAGGACAACAAAGAGAGUUUAUAUUGGACUAUCCAAAUGAAUAUAUUACAUCUGUUGAGGGGACCUGUGACGUAGGCUCCGCUAGCUAUUCAAACCGAGUUAGGUCGUUGAGUUUCAAGACAUCAACAGAGAGAAUCUCUCCUACAUAUUAUUAUCUCAAAUUUAUCUCCAACACAUAUGGGACAGUUGCCAAUCGCACUUUCGUGUUGGAGAGCAAAGGUAGGGCUCUCGUUGGAUUUUACGGACAGGCAGGCUUUGCUAUAGAUGCUAUCGGGGCAUAUUUUGGUUCACGACCUGUUCCUCCUUCCCCUCCUCCAGCAGAGAAACUACAAGGUCAAGGUGGUGAUGGAGGAGUUUCAUGGGACGAUGGUGUUUUCGAUGGUGUGAGAAAGAUAUACGUUGGACAAGGUGAAAAUGGUGUUGCAUCCGUCAAGUUUGUGUAUGAUAAGAACAACCAAGUGGUGCUGGGAGAAGAUCAUGGAAAGAUGACUUUACUUGGAUAUGAAGAGUUCGAGUUGGCGUAUCCAAGUGAAUACAUCACUGCAGUAGAAGGUUGUUAUGAUAAUAUAUUUGGAAAUACUACUGCAGUAAUAACCAUGCUCAAGUUCAAGACCAAUGUACGAACCUCUCCGCCUUUUGGACUUGAAUCUACCUCAACUUUCCUACUCGAAAAGGAAGGUUACAAAAUCGUUGGGUUCCAUGGAAAAGCUAGUGACCAGCUUCAUCAGUUUGGAGUCAGCGUCACACUCAUCACAAAUUGA